AUGGACGAAUACAAAUCGCUAAGCGAAGACCAUCUUCAUUUUGCAGUUGAUCCGGUCUAUUUUUUGUUAAAACCUCUACUGAAGGAGCGGCGGAACAUCGGUAUAGCUGGUCGAAGCGGUGUUGGAAAAUCCGCACUGAUCAACGCUAUCAGGGGCUUAUCAUACGGUGAUUUACAUGCGGCUGGCCGUUAUCCAUCCGAGAGGAUGGAACCGUUUGUAUUCAUCGAAGGCGAGCUCCACAACAUUAUUCUUUGGGAAAUACCGUAUCCAAGAAUGCUAAGCAUUGUCUCGGAAGAUUGUAAGAGAAUUGGUGCCUUCGAUCGACUAUACGACAACUGUAAGCUGCAGUUUUUCGAGAUUAUAUUCGUUGUAUUAGGUAGCGGUCACAUCCAGGACGACGACGUCACAUUCAUUCAGAGUCUGCAUAGCCAUAAAACAAAAUUUGCGGUGGUGAGUAGCAAGACUGAUGAGCAGUUGGAUCUGGAAUCCCGAGAAAGUCGACAAGAAAUCUGUAAUCGUCUGAAGCAACGGUAUGCUCGUCGAGGUAAGUCUUAUUUGUCAUGGAAACGUUUGAGUUAUUCUUAG